AAAUCCUGGAAGACCAGGAGGUCCUGGUGCGCCGUUAUGACCAUCCAAUCCCGGAUAUCCUCUUUCUCCCCGUUCACCUAAAUACGUAAUCCACGUUGUCCGGGAAAUCCAGGUAAACCUGGUGAUCCAGUCAAUCCCGGCGCUCCAGUUAGUCCAGGCGGACCGGGUGAUCCCUGAUACCAUUUUCUUCAUGUGUCAUCAACGAUUUCGGAAAUUAUUAGAACUGAGUAACUGGCAACACCGGAAUGGUGCUUUUAGCGAUCAGGAGGUACAUUCUUUUCUUCUAUUGCGUUGUGAGUCACACAACAGAGCUGACGAGAUGGUUUCGGGAUACAAAGAGCUUAGAGCAGCAAAGCGUUAGAAGAUAUAGCGUUUCAUCGUCAAAAGCAGGUCACAUCCUCAGUGAUUCCCUCAGGUGAGGUGGCGCCACAUCCGAUAUAAGACGAAGUUGAACGAAGCCCCGUUGCUGACGAAGCGAAGCUUAUUAUCGGCGACGAACUACCGCGCGCGGUAGUUGCCGCGGUGGUGCGACUGGGGCUUCUCAGGCAUUCGGCAAUAUAAAAGCGGUGAAAGAACAACAAAGAAGAUUUGUCGGCCAAAAAAAAAAAUUGGUUGCUCUCCGACGUGGACGUCGACAUGCCGGCAAACAAAAGAAGAUUCCGCAUUCCCGCUGGCGUGACUUUGCGGGAGUGCAGUGUUGUUAUUGUCGGAAGUACAUGCAAGAUAUGCGGCAGAGACUUCAAGUGUGAAAGUGACGUUAUUCUGCAUAGACGAUGGAGACACAAUACAGCUAUAGGACCUUUAAUCGAAAGCCUGAACAACGAGAGUUACUUUCAGGACAUCGGCCAGAACUGCGACAUAUGUAACGCGUAUUUUGUAAAUAUUUCGGACUUGAAAAUUCAUAAACGACUAAUACACAAACACAGGCGCAGAAAGAAGCUUCGAAAAGAGACUGUACAUGUGACAUUCAAAUUACAAGGAGUAACCAUAAUGGAUGUCAAUUUAGAUCGAAAAUAUUUGAAAGUGCAGGAGAAUCUUAGAUAUGUCGUCGAUGCUGAUACGCAAACACCAAAUUGGUUUGAAGAACAUCCAGAUGACUGCGCGACGAAUAUUGAUUUGUUUCUUCGGGACCCUGUUGCAAAUGACAGUCAUAUAGAAUAUGGUAUAUGGCCCCACAAAGCAAAUCGAUACAUUGUAGGUAAAUUUGCGUCCACUAAAGACGACACAAUAGCAUGUUCAACCAAUAUAGUGGGGAGAAGUCUCGCGAAGAUCCUGAAUAUGCCUCAUAGAAACACAAUCGCCGGUAGUGACGAUUCGUACAAAGAAUACGAAAUUCCUCACGAUUCCACUUCUAAGGAACAUUCCAACGUGCUUCUCGGAAAUCUCACUAUACAUGAUAAGGAAAAUUCGCAAAGGAUAGACAAUGCGUAUUCAAAAGAGCGAGAGAGAAAAAAAGCAUAUUGUGAAGACAAAAUUCUAGAUGAUUCUAAAGAAUUUUCUAUGUACCAAUCAAACAAAUCCGAUCAAAUAGUAUCGUCUGUUUCUAAACAAAAUUCUUGGUCCAGCAAAAAUUGUCACGAUCUUAUUAGCCGGUCUAAUAAAGUUGCAGGAUAUAAGAAAAGUGCUGGAUUAACAAGUUCUGUAAUAGAUUCUGUAGAAGUACCUAUUGAUAAUGAAAAUAAUAAUUUUGAUAGUGCAAUGAAGAAACGUACUCUUUUAUCUAGAGAUAAUGAAAAAAACGAAUCGCUAAAAGUAGAUUCGAACGUUGAUGAUGAUAUACAGGAAGUGCUACGGAUAACAAGAGGAAAUGCACAAAGCGAUAUCAACCAUGAGUCGCCUAAUCGCACGGAAAGAGAGAUGUUAGUACAAAACUCUGCCGAAUUGUAUAUGCUUUCUAUACAAGGAAAAUCAACCGUUUAUCCUGAAAAAUGCAAUGCUGAAUUUACGACGAAUGUUGAAUCGUCCAAUUACUUACCGUUUACAACAAUUACCGAAAGUAGUUAUCAGUUUCUGGCAAAUACAUUUGAUAAGAAACUGGGCAUCUAUUUGGAAGAUCUUCACCAUUACGGAAUCAGAUGCUACGAAAAUUUACCAGAAAUUAAUAACAAUAACUUAGAAGAGUACCCUGUAUAUGAUCAUCAAGAUUUUUUGAAUCCAUGGAUGCAAGCAGCGGAAUCACAAUACACCAACGGAUUGAGAGCGAAUGACAAUGAAGCGAUUGUUGUACUAGAUUAAGCGUAUAUUAGUAAAAAUUUGUUAACUAGCGUUGGAUUGUAGGUACGAUUGUAAAUCGUAAUUUUUUCAAAGCUCAAAUGCGAAUGUGCCAAUGUAUCUUUCCUUCUUUAAUUUUACUUUUCUUAAAUAUUAGAAGACAAUAGUAAUUUAUUUUAUGUUAUAUGCAUAUAUAAAUA